AUGUCAACAUUUGGUCAAAUAUUCCGUGUCACCACAUAUGGUGAAUCCCAUUGUAAAUCUGUUGGUUGUAUUGUAGAUGGCAUUCCUCCUGGAAUGUCAUUAACUGAAGAGGACAUCCAACCUCAAUUGACCAGAAGAAGACCAGGUCAAUCGAAAUUGUCUACUCCAAGAAAUGAGAAGGACAAAGUAGAGAUUCAAUCAGGCACUGAGUUUGGUAAGACUUUAGGUACUCCACUGGCUAUGAUUGUCAAGAAUGAAGAUCAAAGACCCCAUGAUUAUUCUGACAUGGACAAUUAUCCAAGGCCAUCUCAUGCUGAUUACACUUACAUGGAAAAGUACAACUUGAAGGCUUCUUCCGGUGGUGGCAGAGCUUCCGCUAGAGAAACUAUUGGCAGAGUUGCCGCCGGUGCAAUUGCUGAAAAAUUCUUACAACAGGUUUCAAACGUGGAGAUUGUUGCUUUUGUCACUCAGAUCGGUGAGAUUAAAAUGAACAGAGAUCCAUUCGAUAAGAAGUUCCAACAUCUAUUAAACACAAUCACUAGAAGCAAAGUCGAUGCUGUGGGUCCAAUUAGAUGUCCAGACACUUCCGUUGCUGGCGAUAUGGUAAAAGAAAUCGAAAAAUAUAGAGGUGCCAAUGAUUCCAUCGGUGGUGUCGUCACUUGUGUUAUCAGAAACGUCCCCACCGGUUUAGGUGAACCUUGUUUCGACAAAUUGGAAGCUAUGCUAGCCCAUGCAAUGUUGUCGAUCCCAGCAUCGAAAGGGUUUGAAAUUGGUUCUGGUUUUGCUGGUGUCGCUGUCCCAGGUUCUAAACACAAUGACCCAUUCUAUUUUGAUGAUGAAUCGAAGAAAUUGAGAACUACAACUAACAACUCUGGUGGUAUCCAAGGUGGUAUCUCCAACGGUGAAAACAUUUACUUCUCAGUCCCAUUCAAAUCUGCAGCUACUAUUUGCCAAGAACAAGAAACCGCUACAUACGAAGGUCAAACUGGUAUUUUAUCCGCAAAAGGUAGACAUGAUCCUUCUGUCACCCCAAGAGCCAUCCCGAUCGUCGAGGCCAUGGCUGCCUUAGUGUUAGCUGAUGCUCUACUGAUCCAAAAAGCUAGAGAUUUUGGUAAGUCAGUCGUUCAUUAG